CGCCGUCAGCAUCGUGAGCCACCCAAAAGCGCUGUUGAGGCCCGACGAAGUCACAGAGUGAUUGGGUCCUAGGGAUCCACCAUCCCAGGGCCUGCACUGACUCGUGCCUUUGCACCGCGUGGUGGGGCCACCACCCCGAUCUGGUCGGGAUCAGGUUGCGACGGCGCUGACUAGUCGAAGAGUUACUUUGCGAUCCAGAAGCAAGAAACACACAAGCAGGCUUUGCCCUUUCCAUUUGUCAAACGGGGGAAACAACUUCCAAGGAACUUGCGCACAUGAGUAAGCUUUUAGGGCUGUUUUGCGAUUUUUGAACAGAUUCAAGUAAUAUAUCUUGUCCGAAGCAGAUUUGAAACAAUGAAAUUUCUACUUCUUCUUGUGUUGGCGCUCAACGUUGGGGCUCUCCAGGCAACAGCGCAAAACGUUACGUUCAGAUGGGUCUACCGAAAUCCUAGCAGCAUUCUGGACCCUGCAGCGAUCGAUUAUGGGAAGGGCAGCAAGAACGGAACAGUCAACAGCUUCACCAGUGCCCUGGACAAGACCUAUCAACCGCGCCUGCGGUAUAACCACAUGGCGACACUGGCGCACAUGCCCAAUGGGUCCAUCAUUGCGCAAUGGCAGGCCGCGACGAAGUGGUUUGAGGGGGUUGCAGAUCAGGCGAUCUACUACGCCAUCUCAAAUGACCACGGGCUGACCUGGGGUCCCACACAACUGAUGCCAGGAACACAAGACAAUCUCCCUGCAUGGGGCCCGGUGCUCUACUCCGCGAAUGGCACCAUGCACCUGUGGUUCUCCAGGUCGCAUCAGCCCUGCCAGUGGCUGAGCGAGUCUGGAGUGUGCUGGGCGCCAGGGGGCUCCCUUAUGUACCAGACCUCGGCAGACAACGGCACAACUUGGACCAACGCCACGGCGCUGGACCCCUGGUCUGCGGAGGGGGGCAUUGCCAAGCUGGCGUGCAACGGGCUGUCGUUCAACGCGGCGGGCGAGUGGCUGCUGCCUUACUGGCGCGAGUUGGGCGGCGGGCAGCAGUGCCAGAAGGUGCCCAAGCUGCACGGCGUCGCAGGGGUGCUCAUCACUGGGGACCAGGGGAAGACGUGGAAGAAGGCGGAGGUGCCCAAGGACAACAGCACGUGGAUGAUCGAGAACGCGAUCGCCGCGUACACGGCCGGGGUCAAUGGGAUGCGCAUGCAGCUGCAGAUCUUCCGCACGCGCACUGGCUCCUCGAUGCAGAGCUGGUCCUCUGAUGGCGGCUACAACUGGACCUUCCCCAGCAACAGCACGCUGCCAAAUCCCAACAGCCGGAUGGACGUGAUAGCGCUGCCGGACAAUGUGCUGGUGACGGCGUUCAAUGACUCGCCCAACCGGCGGUCGCCGCUGCGGCUGGCUAUCUCCCGGGACGGCGGCCGCAACUGGACGCGCUCGGCGCUGAUCGAGGACGAGCCCGACGGCUCCUUCCACUACCCAGCCCUUCUCUACGACGCUGUCCAGGACCAGGUGAUGGUGAUUUACACGGUCAGCUACCCGCCGCGCCUGGUACCCAUCAGCCUGCUGCUGCCGGGCGAUGACACAUCAAAGGUGACAGCCUUUACCACCGCAGCGCUCUCUCCGGCCGCCGCUCUGGCCGCCAACUCGACCAAGUUUGCGGCGACUGUUGCGGGCAAUGUUACGGGCAAGGCCGUGACCGGCCGGCGGCGGCUGCUGUCCCCCGCCGCGGCCCUGGCCCUGGGGGACCUGGCAUAUGAGUCAUCGGCGGCUACUGGGCAGCAUCACGUUGCUGCUCUCGAGGAUGAAGGCUACAUCAGUGUUCCCCACAAGCCAGGGUACAUGCUGGAGCCGGACAGCCGAGGAUUCCGCGAGCUGUCGCUUGAGGACGGCCUGCCGGACGGCGCCGCACGGGUCGAGGAGUUUGGGGCGGGCAAGGUGGCGCACACCGAGGAUGAGGGCCGGCUGCUGAAGGAGCGCUUUGUGAAAGAGCAGUCCAAUUUCGGCCGCGUCAACUACGGCAUGCGCGUCGCCUGGGUGGACCGUAAAGCCCUGGUCGCGGGCCACAUCUUCCCCAAGUGA